AUGGACCGCCUCAAGGAGGUCACAGAUACAUCAACAGCCGAAAAUGAGUUCGUAGACAACCCCAAUUCGACCUCGGACCUCCACGAGUUCAAAGAAUCAGAAGGCUACGUGACCAGGACGGACACCGAACACCGCGGAAACCUCAAGACCGCCAACAACGGGCACACCAUUUUAAUUCCCCAACCGUCCGAGGAUCCCCAUGACCCCCUGAACUGGAGCCCGGUCAAGAAGCAUGUGAUUCUCUUCAUUAUCAGUUUCGCCGCCUUCCUCCCCGACUACGGCAGCGCAACAGGCGCCGUUACUCUCAUCCCGCAGGCCGAAAUCUGGAACAUGAGCCCAGAUACAGUCAACCACUCGCAAGUCGGCAACGUCUUCAUGCUCGGCGCAGGGGGCAUCUUCGUCGUCGCCCUCUCCGCGUGGGCAGGCCGUCUCCCCAUCCUCUUUUAUUUUCUCGUCCUCGCCGCCGCAACAGCCGCAUGGUGCGCCGCCGCCACGACGUUCGAGUCCUUCAUGGCCGCCCGCAUCCUCAACGGCUUCUUCAGCACCGUCGCCCAGGGCGGAGGGCUCAUGUUCAUCUUUGACAUGUUCUUCUUCCACGAGCGCGCCCGCAAGAUCAACAUCUGGGCCGUGUUUAUCAUCCUGUCUCCGUACAUGGGGCCUCUGCUCGCUGCCUUUAUGAUAACUAGCCUUUCGUGGCAGAUUCCCUUCUGGGUGUACUUUGUCGAGGUGCGCAUCCCCAAGGUGGCAAUCACGUUCGAAGCUGACAGAAACUGGCAGACUGCGCUCGCUCUGAUCCUUACUAUUCUUUUCGUAGAGGAGACGUAUUAUGACCGCCGUAUCGCGCCAGAGAAUCAGCCGCCCCGGGGUUCACGCAUAGCACGGUUGACGGGCAUCGCGCAGUAUCCAUCGCGCCACUUGCGCAAUAGCUUUGGCCAGGCGUGCAUGCGCCCGAUUCGCGUUAUUCUCAAGCCGACUGUGUUUUUGUCCUCGCUGUACUAUUUGCUGACGUUUGCUUGGGUCGUCGGCAUCAACACCACCUUGUCCAUAUUUCUUACGCCCCUGUACAACUUUGGCCCGAAGCAGAUUGGCUUCUUUUACUUUACGCCCAUUGUCGCGGCGCUCUUGGGCGAAAUCACCGGCCACUGGCUGCACGAUGGCAUUGCGCGGCAGUACAUCACGUCGCAUGCUGGGCACUUUGAGCCCGAGAUUAGACUCCGCGCCAUAUGGUUCAGCACGCCGUUUAUGCUGGCUGGCCUGGUGGGACUGGGGUUCGCUCUCGAGGACGCAUUUCACUACAUGGUCACGGCUGUGUUCUGGGGACUGUACGUCUUUGGCAUCAUGGUGUCCACGGUGGCCUUGAAUGCGUAUAAUCUGGACAGCUACCCGGAAGCUUCGGGGGAGGUAUCUGCCUGGAUCAACUUUGCUCGUACUGCUGGCGGGUUCAUCAUAAGUUACUUUCAGGUCAAUUGGGCCCAUUCGGUGGGAGCAAAAGUUAGCUUCGGCACCCAGGCUGGAAUCUGCCUUUUUGCAUUCUUGAUCAUUGUCUUGUUACAGGUGUAUGGAAAGGCGAUACGGAUCAAGAGCGGGGCUCUUCAUUUUCCUACUGCUUGA